AUCCCACAUUUUAUACAGAUUUUUAUAAACAAAAAUGUUAUCCGUCGGCUGAAUCUGAUUCGCCUCCAUUCUUCUUCACUGCUUUUCCAGACUUAAAAAUAAACAGAAAGUGAACCUUCAACAUCUUACCUUUCAUAGCUUUUAAGAGAGAGAGAGAGAGAGAGCACAUGGGUAAGGGAGGGAUGUCACAGGGGGGUGCUGAGGAAGUCAGAGAUGGUGAAGAAGAGAACAUGGCUGUUUGGCUUGUUGGCAUCAACAGCCUCAAGAUUCAGCCUUUCAAGCUCCCUUCACCUGGACCCCAUGAUGUUAGAGUUAGGAUGAAGGCUGUUGGUAUCUGUGGCAGUGAUGUUCACUACCUCAAGACCAUGAGAUGUGCAGAUUUUGUAGUUAAAGAGCCGAUGGUAAUUGGGCACGAGUGUGCCGGGAUCAUAGAGGAAGUUGGGAGUGAGGUGAAGACUCUGUUGCCUGGCGACCGCGUGGCACUGGAGCCUGGGAUUAGUUGCUGGCGUUGCAACCUUUGCAAAGAAGGUCGAUACAAUCUGUGCCCAGAGAUGAAGUUUUUCGCCACUCCACCAGUCCAUGGUUCUCUUGCAAAUCAGGUGGUGCAUCCUGCAGACCUAUGUUUUAAAUUGCCGGACAAUGUCAGCUUGGAGGAAGGAGCUAUGUGUGAGCCGUUAAGUGUUGGUGUUCAUGCUUGUCGACGAGCAAAUGUUGGACCAGAAACAAAUGUGUUGGUCAUGGGAGCAGGACCCAUAGGGCUUGUUACGAUGCUAGCAGCUCGUGCUUUUGGAGCACCUAGAAUUGUCAUUGUGGAUGUGGAUGACCACCGUUUAUCAGUUGCAAAAGAGCUUGGUGCAGAUGGGAUUGCAAAAGUUUCGACAAAUAUUCAGGAUGUAGCUGAAGAAGUAGUACAAAUACAUAAAAUAAUGGGGACCAGAGUGGAUGUGAGCUUUGAUUGUGCAGGCUUCAAUAAAACCAUGUCAACAGCACUGAGUGCGACUUGUCCAGGGGGGAAAGUUUGCCUCGUGGGAAUGGGUCAUAGCGAGAUGACUGUCCCACUCACACCAGCUGCUGCGAGGGAGGUUGAUGUGAUUGGCAUCUUCCGUUAUAAGAACACAUGGCCGCUUUGCCUGGAGUUUAUAAGGAGUGGUAAGAUCGACGUGAAGCCCCUUAUAACCCACAGGUUUGGGUUCUCUCAGAAAGAGGUGGAAGAAGCCUUUGAAACCAGUGCUCGAGGUGGUAAUGCCAUCAAGGUCAUGUUUAACCUAUGAAGUGGGAGAAGCUUUACUGAAACAGCAUUGUCUUGAUACUAAUAGUAAAAAUGGUUUUUAGAGCUCAGUUUACCGUUAUAAUUAAAAAAGAGGUAAAAAAAAAAACACUAGCUUACGUAUAAACUUCUUGUGGUUACCUAUCUCAAAAGAGGCUUGUAUAGACUUCUUGUGGUAUAUAGAUGCAGAAUUUCAGAUAUUAGUGACAUCUCUCCCAGGCUAAGGCUUACCAUUGCAGUCGUUGCGGACCUUAGCUUAGCUAUCUGGGACUGAGCUCUAUCAUCCACUAGCAUGAAGCAUGCCUGAAGUCGGUGGUUAUUCUUCUGAUAUAACCGUUUAUCAUUUCAUCUGAAAUUCCUUGCAUCAUCAUAAUAGACCUUUUGCACUUAAUCAAGUCAUGUUUCCUUGUCUUAUAAAAAAUAAAAGACCUUUUGCACU